GUACAGCAGGGAUGUACACUAGAUACUUCAUAGUAACAUGCACUUCUCUUUUCGAUCGGCAAGCUAUUCCGACCCCGGAACAGCAUGUACAUCAUCAAUGUAUACUUAUCUCAUUAAGUAAACGUUGAUUACCGGUACUCCAAACACCCAACAGAGCCAAGUUUACAUUCGCUUGUUCUUUCACUCAUCAUCAUUCAUCGACUCAGACACAUCGUCUCCGUGACGCCGCGUCUGAGCCGACCAGCCGUAAAAGUAAUCUGCCUGAGUGGCCUGAGUGGCCUGAGUCCUGUUCCAUGCCACAAUCACUGCCAUGCGCCAUCGGCCCAUCUGUCAACUGUUAACAUUCUAUAGAACGGCGUCAUCUGCCUCUGACUGAUGUAUAUGUCUCCUAUACUCGUACAUUCUGUCCAAUGAGUCGUGGGAUCCUUGCAGAGAGCCAUAAACAAGAGGGGGCCAAGGACGAUACAGCAACAUUCCCGUUAUCUGUUGUCUGUGGCGUUGCCUCGACGGGGAUAUCCCCGUUCCAGUCUGACUGUUUCGUAUUUUUGACCGGGCAGCUAUAGUUUCAUACCCGUCCUAUCCCGCCAAAUCUUCGUGAUAUUUGUAUGAAUGCGGCAUGCCUAUCUUUCCACCAUAUCUAGACAGACCUCCCACGCGGAGGGAAUCCGCUAGUGGUGGCCAUGACCAAGUCGAGCCUCAAGCUGAGAACGAGAGCAUCAUGUCGACACCACCCGACCAAUUAGAAUACAGUCAUCUUCGUCGGGGUCGUCGCUCACCUAGUCAUCUUGUACAGUCGUUGUCCAGAGACUUGUCCGAAGAGAGCAUCAGAACCGAGCUAUGUGAAGGACCUGUUUACGAUAGUUCUCCUAGUACCCGUCUUCUCCCACUCGCCCAGACUCCAGACCAUGGGAACAGCCCGGGCUCAACCGUCUGCACUGAUCGUGCCACCCUUAUCGAAAGACUGAAGAGAGGGGAAAGUCCGACCUGGAUCCCCAACCGAUAUUUCGAGCCACCAUGGCGUCAACAAGAAGUGUCGAUGUCUCCAACUCGAAGCCCAACGCAUACGACCACCCCUACCAAACCCAAUACCAAUACUACCACCUCACCCGGUCUAUUGCCGCCACCAACGAUAACUCCCGAGAAAGAUAGGACGAAUAUAGAUAACGAAAGCAGGUAUCAAGAUGGGAUGAAGAUUGAGAGACCCCGAUCAGCCCUACAUACUGGUGACUUCACACACGACGAGACAGUUCUGGGCUUAGAUCAAUUUCGUAACCAAGCUGACACACCAACAAGUCAAGAGCCUACUGAUGAUGGCAGGCUACCGUGGAUAGCCACUUCGCCUCCAAGGCAUUUCAUGUUGAAUUUCGAGAAGAAACCGCCCCAUCUUACGCGAUCCGAUGAGGUCCGGUCUGCGCUCUCUUCCCUCUCUACUUCAGCUUCAACGAGCUUUGUCUAUAAGCCACCAACUAGUCCCUUAGUUCAGUCAGAGAGCAAUGAAGAGGUCGAUCUGAUUUCCCCUAUCAACCACACCGAUCUCGACCCUGGGAUUUCCAGACAACAACGUCGACAUACUAUGCUGCCAUCUUUCUCAAGUUCCUCCUAUUCAUAUGGAUAUUGCCCAAGUCCACUGCAGAGACAGAGUCCGUCGCUCCGGCAAGAGAAGACGUUCCCUUACCAGGCGCACCAACCUCGACGAUCCCUCACCACGUCAUCCAGUCUUUCGAUAUCGGCGUCCUCACCUCAAACACCAACUUUCCUCCACGGCCGUCGGCCCUCCUUUGGUUCUGAUGUCUCCCCACUACAACAUGCAUCUAUGGUUGGUUCCUAUGAAGAAAGCAUUCUCCGUGGCCGAAUGUCGACGACACCAUCCAAGCCCCUCGAUUUCUUGGCUCAGAUUGGCGUCCUUGGCUUGGGCAAGUGCAAGUCAAGCCUUCGAUGUCCUCCCCACGUCACAUUGCCCUUCCCCGCUGUCUUCUAUAGUUAUGCUAGCUCUUCGCAUAGUCGAUCCAAGGAAGAGGGCGGGCCAAGUCCGUAUGUGGGGCAGAUCGAUUUAGAGAAUGGGUUACCGAGUCAGGGAGACGACACCAGGUCAAAAAGAAAACAGCAGAGUAGGGCUGUGGAAAGGUCACUGACAGAGACGGACAUGAUAGACACUCAUUACGCAGACACGGUCACAUCCGGUCGUAUGACCCGGAAAACUAAGCGUAUAUCGGGGUCGCCACGGGCACCCCCUGGCGGAAGUUAUCGGAUCCCUGAGAAGGGUCAGAUUCAGAUAAUCAUUAAGAAUCCGAAUAAGACAGCAGUCAAGCUAUUCCUGGUUCCAUAUGAUCUAGCCGGCAUGGAGCCUGGCACCAAGACUUUUGUGCGGCAACGCAGUUAUUCUAACGGUCCGAUUAUUGACAAUAUGCCUGAUUUAAAAGGUGAUUCGUCCGCUGAUCGUCCUAUUCUGAGAUAUCUCGUUCAUCUGCAUAUAUGUUGUCCCUCGCGGGGUCGUUUUUAUUUGUACAAGAGUAUUAGGGUUGUGUUUGCAAACCGUGUGCCUGAUGGAAAGGAGCGGCUUCGAAAUGAAAUCACGCUUCCUGAGCCUAGAUUCACGCCGUACAAGGCUAUACGAGUUAUGCACCCACCGCUGUCCAGCAGCAAGGGGCUAGGUGCCAGCCUAACUGCAGACGCUGCUCUCCGGCGGCGAAGUGCUGGGUUUUACUCGGGUGGCGCUGGCCGCGCGUUCGAUAUAGCCGAGGGAUUUUCAACGUCAGGCCUACUUAACCACCACUUCUCAUACGGCCCUACCGAGGAGCACGCCCCGAUAGAGCCCAUCCCAUUCAUGUUUCCAGCAGAGAGAACUAGAAGAUCGGCAGAGGACGGGAGCGCGGCUUCAGAGCCUCAGAGUCUGCAUUCUCCUGGAUCAUCAGCCGGGACAACCGGGGAGUCUAGCAACGCGUCGAAUUGGGGCGGCUACGAUAACCAGGUUGAUAAAUACAAUAAAUUAAACAAGGGGGAUAUUGGAUACGGCGGCAAUGCAUUUGCCGGACUUAUCAACGGCAACCCAGCUGUCGCCGAGAGUCUGCUCUCGAAGCGACUAAGGUCUCUGGGCGUCGAAAAACCAGACCAGAGAGAACAGGGACAAGACCUUGAAUCAUCAGAACAAUAGAAAGGUUUGUAUGUCAGGGUUAUACCAUUCAAGUAGAGAACGGAUUCUCACUAGCACAAUACGAGUUUACCAAAAUACCACGGUUAAUUAUACUACUGUUGACCUUCGGUGAUAUGAUUCUCUUUCUACUAGGCCCUCAUUGUGUAUUGACUUAUUAGUAAUGCUGGGUUUACGGACAUGAAAAAAGGGGGAUCAUUGGUUCGCUAUAAUUAUGUAGCGCUCAACGAUAUCCUCGACUUGAGGUUCAAACAAGCCCCCCUUGAUGUGCUACUAAGCUUUAUGAACUAGGAUUCGCAGGCGGACUAAAGGGAAAAAGAUUGGAA